AUGAAAGAGUGCAUUGGACGGAGAGUCCCAACGUCCCAUUACCGAAACAACUCCGACGAUCACUACUUUGCUUCCACGCUCACAAACAAAAUCUUAGAAGAAAUGACAUCCACCGCCAUGCUCAUUACAUUCUCAGAAGGACCUUUCCAUCACCAAGGCCAACACUACAGCCCUGAACGAUCCGACUCCUUCAGCUCUUCCAACGAAUCCUUGCCAACAAUGGAUCCAGUGACCACCUACUACCCAGAAGACAUGAGCAAGGACCUACAAUUGGAGGUUUCUGGAAGCUGUUUUGUAUUAAAAUCUUGCGUCUUUCAUAAGCUGGCUGCGCUUCCUUGGCAGAAGAUCCAUGCAGCUGCUUAUCGCCUCGAGGGUGUCUCGCCCGAGGCUUUUGAGUUGUGCUUGGACUACAUUCUCUUUGCGACCCUGCCAAAGCGAAAGCGCAUGAACUCUAAUACAAAGGAAGAACUCAAGACAUUGGCAAAUAACUUGAAGCUGACUGGAUUAGCAGACCACAUGGCUUCCAAGCGUGGUUCUCCCAAGGCUGCCAGCAUGAAGAAGAAGCAACAAAAAACGGGCCCGCCAUCCACCCGUAAGCAAGGUCGCUUUUCCUUCAUUUUUGGCUGCAAGCGACGAACGGGGGCAGCCGAUGACGUGGAGCAAUCUCAACGAGCACCGGUACCGGUACAAAAGAAGCAGGAGCAGCAGCCAGAGCAUGCCUACGCUUCCGAUCCUUUUGCCCCAUUCUGA